AUGGGUUCGUCCGACGAUGGAUUCUCACUGAAAUGGGAUGCCUAUCAAUCCAAUGCCGCCGGAGCAUUCGCCGAUCUGCGUUUUGAUUCGGUGCUCAGUGAUAUCACCCUGGUGUGUGAUGGCGAGAAUUUCCGUGCCCACCGUGUCAUUCUGUCCACGUGUUCGUUGGUGUUCAAGCAGCUUUUCGCCAGCACUAAACUGACACAUCCUUCAGUCAAUCCUCUUGUCAUGCUUUGGGAUAUCGAAGCCGACAUCCUGACCUCCUUGUUGGACUUCAUGUACCUGGGAGAGGUCUCGGUGGCCAAUGGUCGUUUCAACGACUUUAUGAUUGCAGCUGAGAAACUCCAAAUCCUGGGAUUGUCUCAAUAUGGGGACCAGCGUAGAAAUGGGUGUUCAUCUCCGGAUUUCCGAUCAUCUCACAAAAGAGUGAGAUUGAAAUCCCCUGAGGUUGAAGAAGUGAGGUCUUUAUUGGAUUUGCCAGAUGACGAAGAGUUGGAUUCGACGGAGUUGGACCUGGAUUUGGACGGCAAACACGACUUGGACGGCGAUUCGUUAUUGGCUGCCCAAAACGAGGAGUACAACAGGGCUAUGAGACAUGUGGCCACUGAACCGCCAACCAUUGGACCAAAUGGAGUAAAAGAGUAUUGCUGUAUCUUUUGUGACAAGAAAUACUUGCGCCGUUCCCGAGUGAGACGACACAUUUCUGAUACCCACAUCACCGGCUUCUUCCCCUGUUCUGAGUGUGGCAAGGUGUUCGCAUCGAAUCGGAAGAUGAAAGACCAUCAGAGCAAAUCGAAAUGCCGCAGUGGAUUGGAUACAAGUGAAAGUUUUCCUGAACUCCGAGAUCAGCACAUUGGCCAAGAGAUCCCGAUGGAAAGUUUGGACUCCUCAAUGACCACAGAAGUGAUUGUGACACGGAUUUUGAAUGGGCAAAGCUAA